AUGUUUCGACGUUCUCAAUGGCGACGACUGUCUUUCUUUCAGGAAUCUGUUAUGAAAAAUCAAUCAGGCAUUCGCGAACCAAAUAUGGGCAGACUAGAAAUGAUCAGUGUAAAUGACCUUGAAUAUGAUCCAACGGCACCUCCUCUCGGAACUGGUGCGUUUGGCGUGGUUUACUGUGGUGUGUGGCGUUUGUCUAAAGCUGCUCUUCUGAAACAUGGCUGUCACGGGCCGCAGCAAUUUGCCGUGGCUAUUAAAGUGAUUCAGAAUGAUUUUCCAAUAAGCCCUGGUUUUUCUGCCCCAUCAUCUCCCGUUGGAAACGGACGCACCUUGGAUCCUGAAGAAGAAGCCCGGAGAGCGGCCGCACGAACAGCUAUUGAAGAACUGCUUCAAGAGGCAAAGGUAAUGGCCUCAGUAGAACAUCGACACUGUCUGCCCCUCAUUGGCGUGUGCUUGACAAGAGAAAGGCAUUGUCUAGUUUCAAUGUUUUUGGAACUCGGAAGCCUCGAUCGAUAUGUAAAAGACCAUCGGGCGGAGCUAAACAGCCUCACCCUUCUUUCGUGGGCUGAACAAAUUGCUGAUGGAAUGAGUUACCUGGAAAUGCGAGGAAUCAUUCAUCGUGAUUUAGCAGCACGUAAUGUACUCGUACAACGGCGUGAUUUGGUGCAAAUUACCGACUUCGGCUUGGCCAAAAUGCUGGAAGGUAGAGAUGAAGACAGUGUUGUUGUGCGAGCGGGUCGUGUUCCCAUUCGUUGGUUGGCAAUUGAAACACUGCAAGAUAGCAUCUACUCCCACAAGACGGAUGUUUGGUCAUACGGUGUCACACUAUGGGAAAUCUUCACCUUUGGUCGCCGCCCUUACGAAGAAGUGGAGACGAAGGAUAUCAAAGACCACGUAAUGAAAGGAGGUCGUCUGACGCAGCCCGAUAUUUGUACACUGGAUGUAUAUAUGGUCAUGGUUCGAUGUUGGAUUGAGGAUGCUGUUUCACGCCCAACUUUCGUGGAAUUGCAGAGGACUUUUAACAACUUCUGCAAGACUCCGGGACGUUACUUGUACAUCCAAGGGGACGAAUAUGCGAUCAAGUACCACAACAACAGCUAUCUUGGAUCGGCUACGUUUUCAGCUGAAACACACGAACUGAAGCCCCUGAUUCACGGUCGCGGUGUACCUGACGGAAGUCCAAACACAAAAGUCAAUGGCAGUGCCUGCCGUGAGGGCGAUGUUGGUAUACUGGACUAUGCACGUCUUCAUCCUUCGUGCCAGAUUCACGGCAGUGGUAGUGAAUACCUUCCUCAAAGCGAAGAUAACCAAUUGGACGCGUUUGGAAAUGCUGUGGAGCCAAACGAAUCUGAUGCGCUUCUGCCAACCCGUAGCGCAGGGCAUUCUAUUUGGCCACUCAGACACCGAACACCAGCUGUAGGUGCCUCGUUUUCACCAGGAGAUGCAGACCGAGCAAGCCCUCUGCGCAAUACUAAAUUGGAAGGCACUAACAUUGAUCGUACCGUGAACAGAGCGCCAUUAGCAUCCCGUGAGGACUCCUGGCUCGCCGAUGCCCCUGGCUCUCCUGCAUGGCGGUCUGCGCGAAACGUUGAGCCAGGUAGGGCAACGAUGACAGGUAAUGCACCUCACCCCGGACGUUCAGCUGGAAUACACAGUAUGACACCGCAGUCCACGCCAUCGCCGUACGGACCAGGUCGCGGAUUCUCAAUGACACCGAUGGGAGCGACUGCAAAUAAUGAAACGAAUUUCCAGUUCCCAACUACCGGUAUGCCUUCUGCCAUGCUAGAAGGUUACUUAGAGCCGAAUACCGAUCGGUUUGCGAAUGAACCCACAAGAACUCCCUCCGGAGCUUCAAAUCCCAACCAGCCGGACACUCGUCGUCCAGUCGUAGUUGAAGAUGAAUAUCUGACACCGAAAACCCAACAAACGCAACCAACACCCUCCACCAUCAGCGACUUCGGUAUCAGCAAUUUGGAAUAUUUUAUGCAACCCUAUAUGCCAUCCGAUGAUCAAUCACACUCGUCCGCAAAUGAGAAUGCAACGCCUGAAACGAAAAAACUACCUGAGUAGUCAGAUUCAUUCUUUAUUUACAUUCUACAUUGCCUGCCUUACGUUCCUUCAGCGCGCAUCCAUAUAUUCGUCCUCCCUUACCAUCAGUGCUUUAUAAGAUAGAAACCACGAAGGCAAACAUUUGCAAUCUUUAUCCACAAGACCACACCAUGUGAUGUACUUCUGUGUGCUCUUCUUCCUGUGCUCCCUUCUCCGAGGAGCACUUCCAGAUCAGCGGAGAACGACUUCAAUGUCUCACACUGUUCCACUCUUAUGUUACAGACCUCAGUGCCAGGAAACAAGUACCGGGUCAACGCCUGCGACACAUAUUCAUGUGCCCGAUUCUCGUUUUUUUGAUUAAAAUGCAUUUAUCCCCAGUAAUUUAUUUCCCCGACUGCUUUGCUGUGUCCUUUUGAACUAACAUACUGCGUCACUUUCACCGUGUACAUACAUGUAAUUCCCGUUGAACUUUUAUUUCCGGAACACGAAUGCCUGGUCACAUUUUGAUACCGCCAGUGUCUACAUCAUGAUACAUUCUUGUCACUUUCAGUUCCCCGCUUACCAGCAUCUACCUUGCAGUUGAUUUUUUUUACUUCCGGCCGUUCGUCACGAUGUAAAAGUAAUGACUACGUUUGCGUCUAAAGGUCUCACAUGAGCCAAGCUACAACGAGAUAUUUU